AUGAGCUUUGCCCGAAGAGACCUCUUGCAAAGACAUUAUACUGUCCACGGUCGUAAUCAGAACAAUGAAGAAGGCCUCCCAGUACAGGGCAUCAUCCCCAAGUCUGCCGGUCGUACACCCAUUGCCUGCGAGCAUUGCGCAAAGACUAAGACGAAGUGUGAUAAGAAGUUUCCAUGCAGUCGAUGCGAGGCGAGAAAUCUCACUUGUACCUCUCGACCAACUCGCCGUCAAUCAAAAUCAGUCCAACGCCUGAACAACCCUCCUGGAAACAGCAGAGCACCGAGCGAUACGGGAAGCAGUCCGGAUGCUCAGACCAAACAGGAUGAUACUACUCCAUCCAAUGAGUCGCAAGCCAACAGCCAACCUUCACCCCAAAAACCGUCACAGCAAAAUGAUCGCACAUCUUCCUCUUCUCUUGAACCGCAUUCUCGAAAUGCAUCUGUGGUGUCGCAGCCAGCACUGGCCAACAUACAAGCCAGGUCUGUGAGUACAACGCAAAUAGCGAUCACAGGCACGCCUCCGCUCUUUGAUCAGACACCCACAAAUCCGCUUGCACACGCAGCUCCAAUUAUGUCGCCAUUAUCCACGCCAGUCCAAGGUAUGGAUGGCUUCGUGUCCUCGACACCUGUGUCUGGAUACGAAGAAUUUGCACAGACCGCCCAUGAUCAACCUCGGCACGAGAGCCCACAAUUAUUCAUGAGUUCAUGGGAUGCCAUACCCAUGGCCACAGAUUAUGGCGCUAUGCGAAUCGAUCCUAGUUUGCUCAUGUCGAUGAACAUGGACAUGACUAUGGGUCAGACCAAUGAAGACAUCCUUGGGAUGAUUCCCGACAUGAACGACUCACAAUUCUACGGUCCCAUGCAGACCCCCAUUACAACACCUGACAUGGACGAGAACAUGUCUGACCUUCAAAUUGGUAGCUCUGCGUCAAUGUACUUCCAUUUAAACAGGAAUCCUUCCAUUGCAGACACAGGCUUAAUACCAGACCUAGGAGCUAUCGUCGCCGCUCGUGAUGGUUGGACAAUCUUUCGUUGUACGCCGCCUAUCGCACCCAACACUUGCCCCCGCACGGCACGUCUGAAUGUUGAACGUUUGGAAUUCAGCCUCAAGAACAAUGAAGUUUGGGGUAACUGGCCAUUUGUUGCAUGGGAUGAAAGUGAUUUCCAGUACAAUGGCCAGAUCAAGAUAGCCCCGCUUCAGGAGGCUACACGAGACAAGCUACUUGCCAUUACGCAGAGCUUUUUGUACAAGGCUUUCGACAUCCAUAAAGACGGGAGUUCUUCUUCGAAUAGUGGCGAGUCUCCAGGGUCGACUGGGUCUCAUUCCACUUUCAUUUUGCUGCCACCUGCCCGGGUUUUGGAAUUCUUUUUGAAAUCAUAUGCCAACUCUUUUGAGCAAUUUUAUCCGACUUCUGCCCAUGGCGUUCUCGAUGCAAACGGACUCAUGCAGCACAACAACGAUAAAGCUUCUAGCUUACUCAUUCUCAUGAUGAUUGCGUCGGGAGCCAUGACUAUACCCUCGAUUGAGGCAAGAUUACUCACUGGUGGUUUUAUUGAAACCUGUCGGAUCUCGCUUUUCGAUCUCAUUGAGAAGAAUAUCAUAAUGGCCAGCGAUCCCAUUGUCUUGCGGGCGGCUCUGAUUUUUACUGUACAGGCAGCCUGGAGUGGCGACAAGUGGCAGAUGGAUAUCGCGAUGGGCCAACGCGGCAUGUAUUGCUCAAUGCUUCGUCAUGCGGGACUCCUUGCGCAGUGGCCAACUCCACUACAACCUGGGAAUGAACAUAGAGGCGCAGAGGCGUUAUGGCGAGAAUGGAUCGAGCAAGAGAGCCGGAGUCGUCUUGUCUAUGCUUGGGUCAUGGCAGAUCAGGAAAUUUCGUUAUUCCAAGAUUCCGCGCCCAUCUUCUCGGUCACUGAAUUAGGUGUAUCCAUGCCAGACACGGAUCAACUCUGGCAAGCUCAGACUGCCAAGGAGUGGUCAGGCAUUUUCGAUGAAGUCCACAAGUUCUCCAACGGAAUCUCGUCGGUAGGCUCUGGAGUUCGGCCGCAGAAUCUCAGGGAUCUCUUCCGGUGCUUUUUGGACGAUGAGAUCGUUGUGCAUGAUGUCCAGGAAAUCCACCUUACGCCAAUGCAUCUACGUCUGUUGCUACAUCCUCUGCAAACUCUGGUGUGCCAAUUCUGCCAGCUGCUCAGCUGCUUCUCUGAUAGUUUUGCUGCUUCGAGAUCCCGCAACAGGGCGCUCAGUGCUGCAUCUACUCGCGUUCGUCUCGAGGAGGUACAAGCACUGCUUGGACGCUGGUCCGACUUGGCCCAACGAUAUCUGGCGGCGAACAUAAUGUGUCCCAUCAUGCACGCCAAUCUUGUCAUGUUCCACCUCAUCAGCCUGAACGCCGUCACAAAUUUCCCACAAAUUGAACGAGUCGCGCGACGUGAGGAUCCCGAAUUCGACUUUCAGAAGCCGGCAAUUAGCGGAAUACGUAAUAAAUGUUUGUCCGAUGCACAUGAAGCCAUCUCCCAUGCUGGCCAAAUUCUCCGUCUGGUACGCGAAAUGCCUCGAGGUACUCGUUCGCCAUGGUGGGCGGGUGCUAUUUAUCGUGCUGCUCUUGUAAUGUGGGUGACAACCUUUGCCAACGACAGCCCUGCCACUCCUAUCCAGCAGAACCCACAUUCAUCACAAACUUCCUCCGUCCCAGUAGACCAGUUCCCUCCUGAGCAUCCGACAAUCCGACGGUAUGUUUCUCGAGGAGAGGGUUACCCAAUCCUUACCAAGCGAGAUGGUCGACAUGUUUUGUUAGACAAUGGCUUUAGGGUCCUCGCCCACUGUAUCGAAUUGAUUGACGAAGGAGUCGCGACAAGGUUUUCGGAUGGUAUCCGAAGCAAGCUCGAUACUCUCGCAAGAAGCUAG